AAUAGAUUGCCUAGAGAAGCUGGAGAUGUGCCACCCCUCGAGGCUUUCAGAGCUGGCUUAGAUGAGGCCCUGUGCAGCCUGAUCUGUUGAGAGGCAGCCCUGCCAUGGGAUGAGGUUGUUAUGGGGAUGGGCUUCAUUGUCUCUGCCAUCUCAAGCCAGUCUUUGAUUCUGUGUGUCAGGGUUUUUUAACAAGAUGUUAAGAGACUUGCAGGUGAGGGUUGGAUCUGUACAGGUAUGACUAAACUGUAGUUAUUGAAGUCAUUCUAACCUCAACUGAUGUUUGUAGUUUCAGAAGUUUUCAAAUGUAGAGAGAACAUUUCAGAUUUGAGCAAAUGUCAGCCUCACAGUGUAACUGCAGGGCAAAAGAAGUAGAGAUGCAAAUUUACUCAACUGUGUAAUGAUUUGUUUGCUGCUGUCCUGUCACCCUUAAUAAUGAACAGUGUGUUAGUAGUGGCCUGUAAACAGGGAAGACAAAAAUUUUGGUAAAGCUGUCCUGGAAAUGUAACUUCUCAAAAACUAAAGCUUUAUAGAAGCUGAUUUCACAUAAAUACUUCUUCCAACUACUAUGUGAACAAGAGAUUCUUUUGUUUCUCUGCUCCAGUGGAGAAGCACUAGUUUGAAAGCUUUUUCUCAAGUGGUUUUUGCAAAAGUCAAGUAAAAUUAGAUAAUUAAUUGAAAGCAAAGCAGAACUUUUCCUAUUCAGGUGCUGUAAUCUUGUAUUUUUAAAAUGAGUUUGAAGGAAUUUGUAUGCAUGCCAGUCCUGAGCACAUAAGAAUCAUUAGUCAUCUACAGUAAAUGCCAGGAGAUCAAAGAGUCACAGAAUGUCUUGGACUGGAAGGCACCUUCAAGAACACCCAGUUACAAUCCCCUGCCACGGCUCGGUUGCUUCCCACUAGGUCAGGCUGACCGGGGCUCCGCCCAGCCUGGUCUUGAAUGCCUCCAGGGAUGGGGCAUACACAGCUUUUCUGGCUAGCCUGUGCCAGUGCCUCACCACCCUUUGAGUGAAUAAUUUUCUCCUAACAUCUAAUCUAAACUCCCCUACCCUUGCCCUAUCGCUAUCAGAACACGUAAAAAAAGCCUAUCUCUUGUUUAUAAACUUCACUGAAGUACUGCUAAGCCAUGGUGAGGUCUCUCCAGAGCCUUCUCCUCCUCAGACUGAGCAAGCCUGGGUUUUCCUUUAUCCCCUUCUUGGAAGUAGAAACAAGUGUUUCUCCUUUCUUUUUUUUUUAAGUCACCAAGGGCUUUACCUGACAGCUGUUGCUUUUCGCCUAUAAUGGAGAGUGAUUUGGCAAUGUCAUCUGGCUCCUUCAGGACUCUGGGACACGCAUAGUCUGUGCCAUAGACUUGUACACAUUUAAUCUCAUUGGGUGUCCUCAAACUUCUGUUACAGGGGGGAUAGGUUUUUUUCCUCCUCUAACUGUUGCUGUUCAGUGUCUGGAGAUGUGUGAAAUAUGUGACUGACAGUGAAGACUGAGGUAAAGAACUGAGGUCUAAGGGUAGCCCAGGAUGGCCGCAGCUUCUUAUGAUCAGUUGUUAAAGCAAGUUGAGGCAUUAAAGAUGGAGAACUCCAACCUUCGGCAAGAGCUAGAGGACAACUCAAAUCACCUAACCAAACUGGAAACGGAGGCAUCUAACAUGAAGGAGGUGCUGAAACAGCUACAGGGAAGUAUUGAGGAUGAGGCAAUGGCAUCAUCUGGACAAAUUGACAUACUGGAACGACUUAAAGAACUGAACCUGGAGAGUACCAGCUUUCCUGGAGUGAAAUUAAGGCCAAAGGUGUCUGUGCGCUCAUAUGGGAGCCGGGAAGGGUCUGUGUCAAGCCGUUCAGGAGAGUGCAGUCCUGUUCCCAUGGGAUCGUUUCCAAGAAGAGGAUUUAUGAAUGGAAGCAGAGAAAGCACUGGUUAUUUAGAAGAGCUAGAAAAAGAGAGAUCUCUUUUGCUUGCGGAACUUGAGAAGGAAGAGAAAGAAAAGGACUGGUAUUAUGCCCAGCUUCAGAACCUUACUAAAAGGAUUGAUAGUCUCCCCCUUACUGAAAAUUUCUCCUUGCAAACAGAUAUGACCAGAAGGCAGCUGGAGUAUGAGGCAAGGCAAAUCAGAGCUGCAAUGGAAGAGCAAUUGGGUACUUGUCAGGAUAUGGAGAAGCGAGCACAGGUGAGGGUGGCAAGAAUUCAGCAGAUAGAGAAGGAUAUUCUUCGUAUACGACAGCUCCUGCAAUCACAAGCAGCAGAAGCAGAGAGAGCACCUCAAGGCAAGCAUGAUGCAGGUUCCCAUGAUACAGAGAGGCAGAGCGAAGGUCAAGGAGCACCAGAAAUCAGUAUGUCAACUAGCAAUACUGGUCAGGGUUCUGCUGCUCGAAUGGACCAUGAGACAGCCAGUGUUAUGAGCUCUAGUAAUAACUACUCUGUACCUCGCAGACUGACAAGUCAUCUGGGUACCAAGGUGGAAAUGGUGUACUCAUUGUUAUCAAUGCUUGGUACUCAUGAUAAAGAUGACAUGUCAAGAACAUUGCUAGCAAUGUCUAGCUCUCAAGACAGCUGCAUAGCUAUGCGUCAGUCUGGAUGUCUUCCUCUUCUCAUCCAGCUUUUACAUGGCAACGAUAAAGACUCUGUCUUGUUAGGGAACUCUCGUGGUAGUAAGGAGGCCCGUGCCAGAGCCAGUGCAGCGCUGCAUAACAUCAUUCACUCCCAGCCUGAUGAUAAGCGAGGCAGACGGGAAAUCCGUGUGCUCCAUCUUUUGGAGCAGAUCCGUGCUUACUGUGAAACAUGUUGGGAAUGGCAGGAAGCACACGAACAAGGCAUGGACCAAGAUAAAAACCCAAUGCCUGCACCAGUUGAUCAUCAAAUCUGUCCUGCAGUGUGUGUUUUAAUGAAACUUUCAUUUGAUGAAGAACAUAGGCAUGCUAUGAAUGAGCUUGGAGGUCUGCAAGCCAUUGCUGAACUGCUGCAAGUGGACUGUGAAAUGUAUGGGCUUACAAAUGAUCAUUAUAGUGUCACAUUGAGGAGGUAUGCUGGAAUGGCUCUGACAAACCUGACUUUUGGAGAUGUAGCAAACAAGGCUACUUUAUGUUCAAUGAAGGGCUGCAUGAGAGCUCUUGUAGCCCAACUGAAGUCUGAAAGUGAAGACUUACAGCAGGUCAUUGCAAGUGUGUUGAGGAACUUGUCCUGGCGUGCAGAUGUGAACAGUAAAAAGACACUACGAGAAGUUGGGAGUGUGAAAGCACUGAUGGAAUGUGCUUUAGAAGUUAAGAAGGAAUCAACCCUAAAAAGUGUCUUGAGUGCCUUAUGGAAUCUGUCAGCACACUGUACUGAGAACAAAGCCGAUAUAUGUGCUGUUGAUGGUGCUCUUGCAUUUCUAGUUGGUACACUGACAUACCGGAGCCAAACAAACACACUUGCCAUCAUAGAAAGUGGAGGAGGAAUACUAAGAAAUGUUUCUAGCUUAAUUGCUACUAAUGAGGACCACAGGCAAAUCUUGCGAGAGAACAGUUGCUUACAAACCUUGUUACAACACUUGAAGUCACACAGUUUGACAAUAGUCAGUAACGCAUGUGGAACCCUGUGGAAUCUUUCUGCACGAAAUGCAAAGGAUCAGGAGGCACUUUGGGACAUGGGAGCGGUCAGCAUGCUCAAAAAUCUCAUUCACUCAAAACACAAAAUGAUAGCAAUGGGCAGUGCUGCAGCUCUAAGAAAUCUCAUGGCAAACAGGCCAGCAAAGUAUAAGGAUGCUAACAUUAUGUCUCCAGGAUCAAGCUUACCAUCUCUUCAUGUUAGAAAACAAAAGGCACUGGAAGCAGAAUUAGAUGCACAACAUUUAUCAGAGACUUUUGACAAUAUUGAUAAUUUAAGCCCAAAAGCAUCUCACCGUAAUAAGCAGAGACAUAAGCAGAAUAUAUACAGUGAGUAUGUUUUGGACUCUAAUCGUCAUGAUGAUGGGGUAUGCAGAACAGAGAGUUUUAGUACUGGUAACAUGACUGUACUUUCUCCAUAUUUAAAUUCUACAGUAUUGCCUGGAUCCUCUUCUUCUAGUAGAGGAAACAUAGAAAAUUGUCUGUCUGAGAAAGACAGAAGUCUUGAUAGAGAUCGAGCAGUAGGUUUAAAUGCCUAUCAUCCAGCUACAGAGAACAGUGGAAACUCCUCUAAGAGAAUAGGAAUGCAAAUUUCUACAGCUGCAGCUCAAAUUGCCAAGGUUAUGGAAGAAGUGACAAGCAUGCAUAUUCCACAAGACGACAGAAGUUCCAGUUCCACUUCUGAAAUGCACUGUUUGACAGAAGACAGAAAUACCACAAGGAGAGCAGCCAGUGCCCAUACACACUCGAAUACAUACUUUCCAAAAUCUGAGAAUUCAAGCAGGCCAUGUCCUGUGCCUUACACAAAAAUGGAAUACAAGAGAGCAUCAAAUGACAGCUUAAAUAGUGUCAGCAGCAGUGAUGGCUAUGGUAAAAGAGGCCAAAUGAAACCUUCCAUUGAAUCUUACUCUGAGGAUGAUGAAAGUAAAUUUUGUAGUUAUGGGCAAUAUCCAGCUGACUUGGCACAUAAGAUACAUAGUGCAAAUCACAUGGAUGACAAUGAUGGAGAACUAGACACUCCUAUUAACUAUAGUCUUAAAUAUUCAGAUGAACAGUUAAAUUCUGGAAGGCAGAGUCCUUCUCAGAAUGAAAGAUGGGCAAGGCCUAAGCAUAUAAUAGAUGAUGAAAUGAAACAAAAUGACCAAAGGCAGUCAAGGAGCCAAAGUACAACAUACCCUGUGUACACUGAAAGUGGAGAUGAUAAACACAUGAAAUAUCAAUCACCUUUUGGACAACAAGACUGUGUUCCUUCAUUUAGAUCAAGAGGAUCCAAUGGUUCAGAUCAGAACAGAGUAGGGUCAACUCUUGCAAUCAAUCAGAAAGUAAAUCAGUCCUUGUGCCAAGUCGAUGAUUAUGAUGAUGAUAAGCCAACCAACUACAGUGAACGCUAUUCUGAGGAGGAACAGCAUGAAGAAGAAGACAGACCAACCAAUUACAGCAUAAAGUACAAUGAAGAAGAACAUCAUGUUGAUCAACCCAUUGAUUAUAGUCUGAAGUAUUCAACAGAAGUUCCUCCCUCUUCUCAGAAGCCAUCUUUUACUUUUUCAAAGACUUCUUCGGUGCAGAGCACUAAAACUGACCAUAUUUCCUCAAGCAGUGGAAGUACAUCAGCCCCUUCAGCAGGUUCAAAGAGGCAGAAUCAGCUUCAUCCAAGUUCUGCACAGAGCAGAGGCAGUCAUGCUCAAAAGACCGCCUCCUGUAAGACUCCUUCCAUUAAUCAGGAAACUAUACAAACUUACUGUGUGGAAGAUACACCAAUAUGUUUUUCAAGGUGUAGCUCUUUGUCAUCUUUGUCAUCAGCUGAAGAUGAAAUAGGGCGUGAUCAAUCCACACGUGUGACUGAUACUAAUAAUACACUACAGAUAGCAGAACUGAAAGAAAACAGUGGGGCUCUAUCUACAGAAGCUGCAGUAAGUGAAAUCACAUCAACAUCACAACAUAUCAGAACUAAAUCCAGUAGACUUCCAACUUCCAGUUUAUCACCUUCUGAUUCCUCCAGACAUAAAGCUGUUGAAUUUUCUUCAGGUGCCAAAUCUCCCUCAAAGAGUGGUGCACAGACUCCUAAAAGCCCACCAGAACAUUAUGUACAGGAAACUCCUCUCAUGUUCAGUAGAUGUACUUCUGUAAGUUCCCUGGAUAGUUUUGAAAGCCGUUCAAUUGCUAGUUCGGUUCAGAGUGAGCCUUGCAGUGGAAUGGUGAGUGGUAUUAUAAGUCCAAGUGAUCUUCCAGACAGCCCAGGACAAACAAUGCCUCCAAGCAGAAGUAAAACACCACCCCCUGCUCAAGGAGUUCAGGUGAAAAGAGAUGUAGCUAAAGGUAAAGUACCUAGUGCAGAAAAGAGAGAGCCUGGUCCUAGACAAGCAGCUGUAAAUGCAGCAGUUCAGAGAGUUCAGGUACUGCCAGAGGCUGAUACGCUAUUACAUUUUGCCACAGAAAGUACACCAGAUGGGUUUUCUUGCUCUUCUAGCCUGAGUGCUCUGAGUCUUGAUGAGCCAUUUAUACAGAAAGAUGUAGAGUUAAGAAUAAUGCCUCCUGUACAUGAAAAUGAACAUGGAAAUGAAGCAGAGCCUGAACAGUCAGAUGAUACAAAGGAUAACCAAGAGGAUAAAGCAGAGAAGCCUUCUGAAGCAGAAAAAGACAUUCUGGAUGAUUCUGAUGACGAUGAUAUUGAAAUACUGGAAGAAUGUAUUAUUUCUGCAAUGCCUACAAAGUCUUCACGUAAAGCCAAAAAGCCUUCUCAAGCAUCUGCUCCAAAAAUACCUCCUCCUGUAGCCAGAAAGCCAAGCCAGCUGCCAGUUUAUAAACUUCUGCCUUCCCAAAGCCGAUUGCAAUCCCAAAAGCAUGUGAGUUUUACACCAGGAGAUGAUAUGCCACGAGUAUAUUGUGUUGAGGGUACACCAAUAAAUUUUUCAACAGCUACAUCUUUGAGUGAUCUCACAAUAGAAUCACCACCAAAUGAGUUGGCCAAUGUAGACAGUGUGGGUACAGGGGCAGAGUCAGGGGAAUUUGAGAAGAGGGAUACUAUUCCUACAGAAGGUAGAAGUACAGAUGAUGCUCAGAAAGUAAAAAGCAUAAGUGUAAGUGGCCCAGGACUGGAUGAUGACAAAACAGAAGAGGGUGAUAUUCUGGCUGAGUGCAUUAACUCAGCUAUGCCGAAAGGUAAAAGUCACAAACCUUUUAGAGUGAAGAAAAUAAUGGAUCAAAUCCAACAAGCAUCUACAUCUUUAAAUAAUAAAAAUCAAUCAGAAAUUGAGAAAAAGAAGCCAACAUCACCAGUAAAGCCUGUUCCCCAAAAUAGUGAAUAUAGAGCACGUGUAAGAAAAAACACAGAGUCUAAAAGCCAAAUUAAUAAUGAAAGAAGCUAUCCAGAGAACAGAGAUACAAAGAAACAGAAUCUUAAAAAUAAUUCUAGAGAUUUUAAUGACAAACUUUCAAAUAAUGAGGAGCGUGUAAGAGGAAGCUUUACAUUUGAUUCCCCUCAUCAUUACACACCUAUUGAGGGAACUCCGUAUUGUUUUUCACGCAAUGAUUCCUUAAGUUCUUUGGAUUUUGAUGAUGAUGAUGUUGACCUUUCAAGGGAAAAGGCAGAAUUAAGAAAAGGAAAAGAAGCAAAGGAAAUAGAAACUAAAGACUGCCCUAACGUGGAACAGCCUUCAAGUCAGCAACCAAGUAAUAGGACACAAGUUUGCCAAAAACACCCAACAAGCAGAAGCCAGUCUAAAACUUUCUGUCAGCCAAAUAAAGAUAUUCCAGACAGAGGGGCAGCUACGGAUGAGAAGAUGCAGAAUUUUGCUAUCGAAAACACACCUGUUUGUUUUUCUCGCAAUUCAUCUCUUAGUUCCCUUAGUGAUAUUGAUCAAGAAAACAAUAACAGCAAAGAAGAAGAACCAGUAAAGCGAACUGAGGCUCCUGAUUCACAGAUAGAAUCAAACAGACCACAGACUUCUGGUUAUGCACCUAAAUCAUUUCAUGUUGAAGACACACCAGUAUGUUUCUCUAGAAAUAGCUCUCUGAGUUCUCUAAGUAUUGACUCAGAAGAUGAUCUUUUGCAGGAAUGCAUUAGUUCUGCCAUGCCUAAAAAGAAAAAACCAUCAAGAAUAAAGAGUGAAAGUGAAAAAAGUAAUUCCAGAAAUAUAGGUGGUAUGCUGGCAGAAGAUUUAACACUGGAUUUGAGAGAGAUACAGAGGCCAGAUUCAGAAAAUGGUUUUUCACCCGAUUCAGAGAACUUUGAUUGGAAAGCUAUACAGGAAGGUGCAAAUUCUAUAGUUAGUAGCCUGCAUCAAGCUGCAGCUGCUGCAUCGCUAUCUAGACAAGCUUCAUCAGACUCUGAUUCUAUCCUUUCACUAAAAUCUGGUAUUUCUCUGGGAUCACCAUUCCAUCUUACCCCAGACCAAGAAGAGAAACCUUUUACUAGUAAUAAAGGUCCACGAAUUCUUAAGCCAGGAGAGAAAAGUACACUGGAAUCUAAAAAAGUAGAAUCCGAAAGUAAGGGAAUCAAAGGAGGGAAAAGAGUAUAUAAAAGUAUAAUUACAGGAAAAACUCGCUCCAAUUCAGAAGUUUCAAGUCAGUUAAAGCAACCACAACAAACAAGUGUGCCUUCAAUUUCACGUGGCAGGACAAUGAUUCAUAUUCCGGGAGUUCGAAAUAGUUCUUCAAGUACUAGUCCUGUUUCCAAAAAAGGCCCCCCAUUCAAAAACACAAAUUCCAAGAGUCCCAGUGAAGGCCAGAGUUCAGCUAGUUCCCCAAGAGGAGUCAAGUCAUCAGUAAAACCUGAGCCAGCUCCUGUAACUAGGCAACUGUCAGGAUUGAACCAGAGUGGAUCAAGUAAAGGACCUUCUAGAUCAGGAUCUAGAGAUUCCACUCCUUCUAGACCUCAACAGCAGCCAUUGAGCAGGCCUCUGCAAUCUCCAGGCCGAAACUCAAUUUCCCCAGGAAGAAAUGGUAUAAGUCCUCCCAACAAACUGUCUCAGUUGCCAAGAACAUCAUCUCCUAGCACUGCUUCAACUAAGUCUUCAAGUUCAGGUAGGAUGUCAUAUACAUCACCAGGCAGGCAGAUGAGCCAGCAAAACCUUACAAAGCAAACUGCCUUAACUAAGAAUACCAGUAGCAUUCCAAGAAGUGAGUCUGCUUCCAAAGGAUUGAAUCAAAUUCUUGGUAGUGGUGCAUCAAACAAAAAGACUGACUUAUCCAGAAUGUCAUCAGCAAAAUCUAGCGGAAGUGAGUCUGACAGGUCUGAGAGGCCUGUUCUUGUUCGCCAGUCGACUUUUAUUAAAGAAGCUCCGAGCCCAACUCUAAGACGUAAAUUGGAAGAGUCUGCUUCAUUUGAAUCUCUGUCUCCUUCCAGACCAGAUUCUCCCACAAGAUCCCAACUACAGACUCCAGUUUUAAGUCCCUCACUUCCUGAUAUGUCUUUAUCCACUCAUUCAACUGCCCAAACUAGUGGCUGGCGAAAAUUACCCCCUAAUCUGAGCCCUUCUGUAGAAUAUGAUGGGAGACCAGCAAAACGUCAUGAUAUAACGCGUUCUCAUUCUGAGAGUCCAUCUAGAUUGCCAAUCAACAGAUCAGGAACAUGGAAACGUGAACAUAGUAAGCAUUCCUCAUCACUUCCUCGUGUAAGCACUUGGAGAAGAACUGGAAGUUCUUCCUCAAUUCUGUCAGCUUCUUCAGAAUCCAGUGAAAAGGCAAAAAGUGAAGAUGAAAAGCAACAUGGAAGUUCUCUUUCUGGGCAGAAGCAAAGUAAAGAAAGCCAAGCACCAGCAAAAGGUACUUGGAGAAAAAUAAAAGAAAAUGAAAUCCCCCAAAUAAUGAAUGAUCCUCAGCAUCCUUCCUCGAGUGCCGCAAGUAGCUCUGAUUCCAAAACUCUAAUUUAUCAGAUGGCACCAGCUGUCUCUAAGACUGAGGAUGUUUGGGUGAGGAUUGAGGACUGCCCAAUUAACAAUCCUCGAUCUGGAAGGUCCCCAACUGGAAAUACUCCUCCUGUUAUUGACAGUGUUUCAGAGAAUGGGGUUGUGAAUGGCAAAGAUUCUAAAGAGAUUCAAGAAAAACAAAAUCCAGGGAAUGGAAGUGUUCCUGUUCGUACCAUUGGUUUAGAAAAUCGUCUGAACUCUUUCUUUCAGAUGGACAGUCCAGACAAGAAAGGCAAUGAAACAAAACCUCUGCAGACCAAUCCUGUUCCUGCACCAGAAAACAACGAAAGUACUGUGAGCGAGCGUGCACCAUUCAGUUCCAGUAGUUCAAGCAAACAUAGCUCUCCGAUUGGUGCUGUUGCAGCAAGAGUAACUCCUUUCAAUUACAAUCCAAGCCGUAGGAAGAGUAGUGUGGACAAUAGUUCUGCUCGGCCAUCCCAGAUACCAACACCAGUAAAUAACAGCACAAAGAAACGUGACUCAAAGUCUGAAAAUACAGACUCCAGUGGAACUCAGAGUCCCAAACGUCAUUCUGGCUCUUACCUGGUGACUUCUGUUUAAAUACAUCAAAAAAUAAAACUGAUGUAUUAAACACAGCAGCUACUUAGAAGUUUUAUUUCAAAUGAAACUUCAAAUGAUGGGGAUUGAUUUUUUUGUUUGUUCGUUUGUUUGUUUUUGUAAAUAGGUUUGAUUCUUGUUAGAGAGUCCUUGUUCUGGAAGCCAUAUUUGAUAGUAUACUUUGUCUUCACUGGUAAUAUUUUGGAGGAAAAUGUGAUUGACAGUUUGAAAUAAAAUUGCUAAUGCAAGUAUAUUUGUACAGUAUGUUUAACAUGUAUUUAAUUAGCAUCCCAUCCCAUAAUCCUUUAAAUAUUGCUUGUCUUGAAAUCAUUGAACAUUGCAUAUAGAGAUGAUGGAGUCAUACUGCUUUAUCAAUCAUUUCUAGACUACAGACUGACUAAACUACAUCAGGGAAGAACUGGUAUUAUUUAUGCAAAAAAAUAUACUCAGUUUUAGUAUUUGUGAGUCCAUCUAACCCAGUAAUUAAUCAUGUGGCUGUGAAAUUCACAGUAAUAUUGUUUCUGCUGAACAAGCAUUCCCAGCCUGCUUUUCUGCAUGAAUGGAACUGACGGUUAUUUUCUGAAGUAACGAUAACAUUUGUGGUCACAUAAUGUGCAUAGAUAGGUAUGGUGUAACGAUUUACACUUUCUUUAUGCCCUGGGGAAAAGAAAAAAACAUAUAGGAAAAAAAAGAAAAACUGUGUAACUGUAAAACCUUGACUGAAAUUAUUUUACCUGAACUAGAUUUCAUCUCCAAGUAGGUAGAUUUUUUUUUUUUUCUUCAUUUUUGCUAUGCUGUAACUUGCUGUAUAUUCUGGUAUUUGAGGUGAGAUGGCUGCUCUUUAUUAAUGAGACAUGGGUGAUGUCUCAACAGAGACUAAAAUGAACAUUUCAGAAUAAAUUAUUACUAUAUGUAAA